UCAAAGGAGAUGGCGGCGCGUGCCCGUUUUCGGUAGUCUUAUGCUGAAAGGGAAGCAAGGGCAGCCUAAAACGAUAACAGGGUGGCUGGCCCCCUUGUGUGGUAACAUAUGGGAACCAAGGAACAAGAUGCAGGCACAAUAAACGCAAAACGUCUUUAUUCCUCUUCAUUUGAAACACAAUAAUAUAUAGUAAAGCCGUUUCGCCCAAUUUCAGGGUUCAUCAGCACACAUAGCACACAAAAAGUACAGAUGUGGAUGGCACUAGAGGCUCAAGGGAUCGAAAAAACGUUCCAAGGUUGGGACAAAAUCACUAAGCCCGCAAUGACUCAAGGGAUCGCAAAAACUUUCCAAGGCUGGAACAAAAUCACUAAGCCCGCAAUGAGUCAAGGGAUCGCAAAAACGUUCCAAGGUUGGGACAAAAUCACUAAGCCCGCAAUGACUCAAGGGAUCGCAAAAACGUUUCACGGUUGGGACAAAAUCACUAAGCCCACAAUGACUCAAGGGAUCCCAAAAACUUUCCGAGGUUGGGACAAAAUCACUAAGCCCGCAAUGAGUCAAGUGAUCGCAAAAACGUUCCAAGGUUGGGACAAAAUCGCUAAGCCCGCAAUGACUCAAGGAAUCGCAAAAAUGUUCCACGGUUGGGACAAAAUCACUAAGCACAGAAAAGACGAGCAAAAUAAAAGGCAAUGUAAGGUGUGUGGGCAUCGAACCAACCACACAAACACGAGUGAAUGUCUCCGCCACGACACCUUUAGAAUAUAGGGGCCUCCAAAGCUACCUAAGCCGAGA